AGCAAUAUGAGAGGAAGAUCGAUAGUGGUAAGCUUCUCUUAGUUGGAUAAGAGGGAGAGCAGAUCAAGGAGUUUGGCUCACGCCAGCCUUGAGUUCAAGUUCAAGGUUACUAUCUUGCCUAUUAAGCCUGGUGAAUUGGGGGGUGGGAGCCUUGGGUAGAGAUGAUGGAUUCACUGGACCACUUGAAUCACUGGGUCGCCGGGUCACCGGAUGCGCACGAGUAUGGCCACGAUAGAAGUAAGUUGAUUCUCAAAUGGGGAAAGGGGGUCGAAGGAUGUAUGGUUAAGUGGGAUGAUAUGAUGGGCGGGAUGAUGGGCAAGGCGGUCGAUUAUCGAGUGGAUGAGCGAGACCAAUAUCGAAUGAAGGCGCUGGCCGAUAGUUCCGACCUCUGGUGGGAACAUCAUCGUCCGAGGGCAGCCCAAGCCCCAAGAAUACUAAGAGAACAGCACCAGAUGGAAUGGCAUCUAUGCAUAAGCGCAUGCCGGUUCCGUGGCUUGGUGCUGCUGUUGCUGCUGCACCUCGAAGGCAUGAACACACGACACGCUGCUUGGUUGGUUGGGUGGGUGGACGUACAAAAAGGAAAAAAAGAAAAGGAAAAGAGGAGAGGAAAAAAAAGGCGAGCUUCUAUCUGUUCGUCCUAAUACAUCCACCCAACACAUUCCAUCACCACGUCAUGCUGCUCAUUCACGGAGGAAGGAGAAGGGGAGGCAGACUUGGAGGCAGGUGGUUGUAAUGGAAGUGGUAGGAUGCAGUUACGUCCAAGAGGUAAUAAGUAAGGUACAUGUACCUCCGUACGUACA